AUGGAAGCCUCAGAUCUUGCUGUGACCAUGGCAGAUAGCCGCAAACGCGUAGAAUUCUUCUGCAACGAACCUCGUUGGGUUCAUGCUGUCUUUCUGCGGCCGGGCGAUACCAGGAAGGAGGUGAUAAGAGCCUGCUCACAUGUCUACAGUCCUGCUGCGGACCAGGAACUGGUUUUCGAGCACGAGAGCGGCGAACCGGUGGAACCAUCGUACGACAAUCUCGCCCAUCUUGCCAUCAUCCGUGUCCGGGUAGUCCGUCGGCGUGAACCUCCUGCGGAGAGACCAGAGCCUCAGUACAAUGACGGAGAUGUGUUCCUGCACGACGAAUAUGUGAUCAAUAUGAUCGUGCCGCCAACCGACAGGACAGAAAGCCCGCUGAUGACACCAAAGAUGGGCUCUGCUCUCCAGCGUAUCAAGGACCUCUGGGGUUGUGCUCCCCACAAUGCUCUCCCAGACGAUGUUCUCAGCCCCCAGGUGUGGACUGCAGAGCUCCUCUGUAUGACGGUUAAACUGGCGGAGGUCACGGCCGGUAACUUUACAAUGGCACGAGGUCCCCUCCGCGAUGCAUACAACGAGAGGCAGCAAGCGGGCUAUACAGAGGUGACACCAGAACUCUCCAUUGCCGACGUCCAGAAGGCUAUUAACCUGAUCUUCACGGAGAAGAAUACGAUUGAUGUGCCUCGGCAGUUAUCGGUGACACGCGACGACGCCGCAGAGCUGUUCGAUGAAUUGAGCUACAACGACAGCGAAAAUAUGAUAAGCUGGCAGGUUGCCAUGCAAGGCAACUGGAAGUGUUCCCUUCAAUCCUUUGGGGAGCUGCCGGGCCAGGUGGCGCCAGCCGGCUACGUCCCUUGUCUUCCACAAACGAUCCGGCCUCGAUUUUCACCAUCUUACACGAUGGCCGGCAGACUCACUGAUAUGGCAAAGAUCGACGAACCCGACGACCGUGGCCUUGUGGCAAUGUUCGAUUGGACUCCUCGGUUCACUCACACGCUUGCUAUUCUGUCCCGGCUCUUGAAGGGUUACCACGCCUAUGCGGUACUGCGCUUGGAACGGACGGUCCAGCGGCGCCAAGAUGAACGUCACCGGAAGCCGUGGAUGAGACAUCGGGUGAGGGAAUUAAUGGCCGAUGACAUCGAAGAGCUUAUGAAGGAGCUCUGUGCCGAAGCUGACGAUCCGGAUGACGGCUUUCUGGAACGGCCACGGCGCAGCCAAUCCUCCUAUCAGUAA